GAUUUUUUUAGGGCAGCGGCGGUGGCAGUCAUGGCGGCUCGGUGUGUGAGGCUGGCGCGGCAAAGUCUCCCAGCUUACCUGUCUCUCAGACCAUCUCCUCGGCUGCUGUGCACAGCUACAAAACAGAAGAACAGUGGCCAGAACCUGGAAGAGGUCGUGAGUCAGAAUGAACAGAAGACAGAUACUCCUUCCCCAGAGAAGAUACUCCUGGACGAGAAGGUCAAGCUAGAAGAGCAGCUGAAGGAGACUGUGGAAAAAUAUAAGCGAGCUUUGGCAGACACUGAGAACUUGAGGCAGAGGAGCCAGAAAUUGGUGGAGGAGGCAAAAUUAUACGGCAUCCAGGGCUUCUGUAAGGACUUGCUGGAGGUCGCAGAUAUCUUGGAGAAGGCGACGCAGAGUGUCCCGAAGGAGGAGGUCAGAGACGACAAUCCUCACCUCAAGAACCUCUAUGAGGGGCUCCUGAUGAUGGAGGUCCAGAUCCAGAAGGUGUUCACCAAACACGGCUUGCUGCGGCUGAACCCCGUGGGUGCCAGGUUCGACCCCUAUGAGCACGAGGCCCUGUUCCACACACCAGUGGAGGGCAAGGAGCCCGGCACGGUGGAGCUGGUCAGCAAAGUGGGGUACAAGCUGCACGGGCGCACCCUGAGACCCGCACUGGUGGGGGUGGUGAAGGCAGCUUAGUGGCCUCAUGGGGCUCCCGUGGGUUCUUUGCGAUCCCCUGCUGUAGCUCUUGUGAAUACCUUUGACCCUUUCCCUGUCCUUGUUGGAAAGCUUUAGUAACCAGUGGCUAAACAGAAAAUGAAGCCGGUUGCACAGAUGCGUGAAUGAACUUAAAUUCGGGAGUCUGUUCGUUGAUUUUUAAUACACCUUUCAUCGCUCUACAUGCUUAGAGAACAGGCCGGCGGGACACGACUGGACCCAGAGGGUCAUGAAUCAUGCUCUAGCUGGUUAAAGCCUAGCGACGUCCAGGUACCAUAAAUGAGUCAAUGCCUUUGGGAACCCCACUUGGGCUGCGCGCUGUGGCUCACCCGGGUCCCGGGCGCUCAGCCCGAACCUUCCUGUGCAGAAGGGAAGGCAAGAGCUUGAGCGUGUUCUUCCUGCUUAGAAAAGUUUCGCCAUGCCCUCACUGAAGAACAUACAAAUUCAUUUGUAAUUCGUUACAGUCUAGCAAUGAAAAUACCCGACUUCCGGCUUCCUUCUGGAGAUGGGAAGUGAGCACAUGUGCCUGAACAGGCCUCACCAGCUUAUUUUGCCCGUUACUGAAUUUAACAAAAUCAGUCACUCUUGACCUUUUGUUAAUCUAUUUGCAGAAAUGUUCAGAUCUCUAGUAGCCACUUACUGAUGACCGGAAGGUCUUUACCGUAGAAAGAUGGACUUGCUCAAAAUCCAAGGAUUGCAUGCUUCGUACAUUUUAAAUGUCAAUGUUUAAUUUUCAAAUUUUAUUUAAGAGGAUUAAAGCCCUAAUGC